AUGGAGGAGCUCGAUCCUUAUCUCCAUCACUUCUGGGGGGGACAUACUCAGCAGACUGCCGACUAUCUACUAGGUGUUCCAAGUGGUGUUUCUCCGAAUCCUCGCCGUCGUUCAUUGAGUCCACAUCCAGAUCAUGACAUUCUCGCUGGCUUCCCCGCGGGGCCUGCUCCGCACUUCAGUCAAAGCUUAUACGACAUCGACGACAGCAUAGAAUGGACGCCGUGGGAUCGCGAGAAUUUCAUGACAUUCUUCGAAAGAAAUUGUUCACCAUUCCAGUUUUCUCAUCAGGUUCCGAUUCCGAUUCCGAGACCGACCUCGAGUCUAAGUGGAGGAGGUCGCAGCUUGGCAACGGAGUUAACAAUAGAUCCCAACAAUAGCAACACAUUGAUACCGAGCAGCUUUGUGGAAAAUUGUCAUGCUCAAGACCAAUAUCAGCAUCAGAAUCAGCAUAAUCAUCAUGGAAUUCAGCCUCCGGUGGUCAGCCAUCCACCUGUGGUGGAACGGCCGCAGUCCGGACAUAAGAGUAACAAAAAUCCAUCAAAGUUUAAAAGUUAUCAAAUAAAACUUGUUUCAAAACCAGCCCCGGCAAAAACAAAUUCAAGAAAGCAUAAAAUCGAGGACGCCGAUGUCGAUGCAAAAGGAGAACCAGCUGAAGCGAGGGCGAGGAAAAUAGCUAAAUCAACACCGAAUUCAACAGUAAGUGGGGAGGUCAAGUUUAGUAUCGUUCCUCCUGAGCUGGCGAGAAGAGGUGGACACGGGGCACUCAAAGAGUUGACGGACGAGGAGAAAAGGUCGAAGGCACUGGUGAGACAGUUUGGGGGUGGAUGCUUCAGGUGCCGUAUGCUAAAUAAGAAGUGCCAUGCUAGUCACACUGGUAUUUGUCCACCUUGCAAAGGGUCGCCCCAUCUAUGCUUUAGAUUGGAUCUCGAUGAUUGUUCCUUUUUUCGUUCAAACACCCCAAUUCAUAUCGUACCUGUCUCAGAGCACACAAAAGUGUGGGCAUCGGACGAGAUCUUGGAGCUGAAGUUUCAUUGUGUCCCGCUGAGCGUAUCAACCUUUUGUGAGCCACUCGUGGUUUCCUGCAGAAGAUUUGUGCCGCAGCCCGGGGAUAACCUCAAAAAGAGCCCUGGAGGAAGGCAGCCAGACGCAUUUAUCGAAGUGCAACCAUACAUUGCUUACUCUUCAGAGGAGAUGUAUAAGACUCUACUCACAAGAAUGACGUGUUAUCGGAACGCCUUCAUGAUUGACAUGAUGUCACAAGGGACAUCCCCUGUUACUAUCAGUAUUAUGAAACUAGCUGACCAUCUCUCGAAGCUAAGACCUAAUGGUAUCGUACAUUGCGCCUUAGACAUAUGGGUAGGAGCGCACUUAAAUGCAUCCGAGCGUUCCCUAUGCGGCGAACAACUACUUGGUAUGCCGCCGAAUAUAAUCGAUGAUGAGACAUCGUUCCUAUUUGGAUAUGUUCCUAUUCCGCCUCAGCUGGACAAUCAACUAGACAAUUUAAUUAUCAAAGGAAUGGUUUCAAGUGCGGCACAUCUGCUGAAGACUAUAUGGACGAAGUUCAAAGCAAAGAAGAAAACAGAUUGGCUGGAACUAUGGGUUACCGUUUACAUCAUUCUAAACACGGUUGAAUUUGUUCUGAAAACCCAACAGGCAUACGUAGAGUACCUCGGAUCUACCUUCCACCGCGACAAGAUUCUCGCUCACUGGGACCACCACCGGAACCUAUGGUCUUGGUCUGGUAAUCACUUAGUUGAUGCCUUCGAAUAUUACCACAAGAAACUCGAAAUGCCCCUUGGGGCUCUUUUGCGAAAAGAAACCCUCCCAGACGCCCAAACCUACACUGAUAUCAAGCUUGAUAAUGAAGCUUUCCGAAUGAUGAGGCAGAUCGGAGAACAUAUUUCAGUCGCCGUACGGACAUAUAAUCUAGAGACCGCCGAACGCCCUCGAACACCCCAGGGCCGUGCCGAAUAUGAAACCAUGUGGACGUCGAGGAUUAUUUUUGUUAGGUAA